AUGGCCAGAUGCCGCCACCACUCCGGGUACUUGGCGGACGACGAGGCGGGCCACACCACGUACAUGGCGCGCGUACAGCCACCCAGGAAGCCACGGUUCCCAGAGAUGAGGCCAACCUCUAAGCUGGCUCAGGAGCCACACCCACCAUCGCUUUCGGGCCCACGCCGAGGCGCCUGGGGCAACAAGCCCUUUGGCAGUUUCCUGGACUUCCUGGCUGAGGGGCAGGUGUUGGACAGCUUGCAGACGGUCGUGGAGGCGGCAACGGAGCGUAUGGCCACCGUGAGGACCCAAGCCGGAGAGCCCCUGGUGGACGUGCAGGACCCGAUGGAGGUGCCCAGCGGUGGGCGGCGGGCACGGGCCCGGCCUAGCCCAGGUACCGUGCACCGGCACCGCACACAGCCCAGCCUCUGUACCGGGCGACUCAACAACUACCCAUCCCGCUCUAGCUCGGUGACUGACUCCCUUAGCGGCUUCUCGGCCUGUGGUGUGCGCUUGCACAGCCGUGACAGCGGCCUGGGUCCCCACGGUGCAGGCUCGCUGCCCCCCAUGAAGGACAGACUCCUACUGGAGAGGAACCUCAAAUGCCUGCUGCGGUUGGAGAACAAAGGGAAAGACCGGAGUAAGCCCUCCUGCCUUAGGAAGUCGCUGCUGUGGGCCUCAAUGGGCAGCCAGGCUAGCAGCCAGUGGACCGCAGAGGAACCACUGCCCUGGUUCUCAGGGCUGCUGGGGUCAGGCCCCGGCACGCCUGCGGCAUCGGAGCUGGGGCCCACUCAGCGAGAGCUUAUCUUUCUCAAGAGAGAGUUCGACAAGGAGAUGAGGUCACUGCAGGGCCAGCCGGCCUCCUUCGACGUGCCGGGCUACUGCUCCACUCGAGAGCCGUAUUGCACGUUGGACUUUCUGGCCAAACACCAGCUCUUCCCAGCCCUGCAGCGCGUGGUGUGCCAGGCUGUGGACAAGCUCAGCGGCGCCCGCCGCUACGAUGGCUGCCCCCUCUUUUUCCCAGAAGCCGACAAGCCCACUCCCGAGCCAGAGCCCCCACCUAGUUCUGAGCUGCCACCGGGCUCCCUGCCACCCUCGCCCAGGGAGGACUUCACAGGCCGGGAGGAACCCUCUGAGUCGCCGUCCACCGCAGCUUCCGGCCCCACGAUGGAUUUCAGAAAGAGUGCCCCGAGCACAGGACAGGACAAUGGCGUGGAAGAGGGCUCCUCCGUGUCUGGCACCCAGGUGGCCACCAAGUUCAAGCUUAAGGGGACCCCUCCAGAAGAGUUCAAGUUCACCAGGAAAAAGCGACUGCCCUCCAUCUCGUCCAAGUCCACCACAUCCCACUUCUCCAGCCUCUGGCAGGAGGAGACCAUCAACUUCUUGAUCAAGCAGGCCGUCUCCUUGCUCCUCUACAAGUACAAGUUUGAGAGCAACCUACGAAAGCAGCUGGGCUUCCUCUCCUUCCCUGUCACGGAGGUGCUCCUGGACCUCUUCUUGGGCCUCAAGAAGGUGCAAGGCUCCAACAUCCGCCUGUCCUCACAGAUUGACUGGACCUGCCUUCUGCGUAGGCUGGAGGAGGCCGAGUGGGCCCUCCAGCUCUCCCGUCACAGCGCCUCCCAGAAGAGUGCCUCCCAGAAGAGCGCCUCCUCGCGAAGCACCUCCCCAAGAAGCGCCUCUCAGCGCAGUGCCUCCCAGCACAGCACCCCCCCACAUAGUGCCUCCCAGUCCAGCGCCCCCCUGCAAACCGCCUCCCAGUCCAGCGCCUCCCCACAAACCGCCUCCCAGCACAGCCCCUCCCAGCACACCGAGUCACCCUCCACGCUGCCCAAGCCCACCACUACCACCAACCAGGAUGAAGCCACUGAGCCUUACCCAUCCCUGGACACAGAGUUACUCAGUCCACAAGAGCCCGCUGCUGGAGGGGAGGGGGAGGAGGAGGAGGAGGAGGAGGAAGAGAGUGCCAACCUUUUGGAACCCAAGCUCUCAGUGGCCUCUGGCACCAGAGUUGACUCCAGCCUGCCGAGAUCCAAGGAAGUGGUGAACGUGGAGACCAGCAAGGGCAAUGAUGACCAGCACAAUUUGGGGGGCAAAGUUGAGUUCCAGGUACCCCCUGAGCCCACAGUGCAGGCUGAGGUCAACAGCUGCUUGAAUGUGAAUUACAGUGACCCCCUGUGA